AGAAAAAUAAAGUGAAGCAUAAAAUAGCCCCAGAUAUCCGGCAAACGGACGAAACGCCAAAAUUAAAAGAAAUACAAUCUCGCGGAAUCUCGCCGAUCUCGAGACGUCGCGAGACUUGAGCUUUGUCGGAGGAAGAGACUUCGCCUCCGAACUUCCCUCUGUGUUCCUGUGCGGCGCCGCCAGCAGCCCUAAUAAGCCCCGAGGACGUGACGGACGCGGGCUGCAAUGAGUGAGGAUAACAACGAGAUCAAGGGAGAGCAGGAAGUGGAUCUCAUGGAAGAGCUUCUGGACUCGGCAGAAAAUUUUGAUGAACUGAAUGAUGUUGCCGAUGAUAAAACCAAUAAGCGACGCAAGAAAGUCGUUGACAGUAAGGAGGCCUCAAGUAAGAACAAAAAAGAAGAUUCCAAAGAGAUGGCACUUAAAAGAAGCAAAUUAAAGGAGAAGCAGGAUGCUGCUCGAGUCAAAAGAGAAGGGAAAAAGAAAGUGAAAACUGUUAAGAAAGAUGGUGAAGGAGAUGAUGGAGGCAAGAUGGGGGAAGAAGAAGGGGAUAUGGAGUUUGAUACGAGGAGUGAAGCGUCAUCUGACCACCAGUUCUCGGAUGAUGAACCAUCCAUGAGUGAGGCUUCACACGCAUCCUCCAUUUCUCGGGAAUCUUCACCUGAGAAGGAAGAUAUUGAAGAAGAAAAGGAAACAAGAAAAAGGAAACACAGUGCAUCGGAGACCUCAGUGAAGAGUAAUGACGAUUCACCGGAAAAGAAGGUGAAGGAGAAUACAACGAAGAAAAAAUAUGACUACAUAACAAAAAUAAAUUACAUGUUCCGUGAUGCGCGGUUCUUCCUGAUGAAGUCAAACAAUGGAGAGAACAUUGUUUUGUCAAAGGCCAAAGGUGUGUGGUCUACACCUCCUCAGAAUGAAGCUAAGCUCAAUCAGGCUUACAGGGAAGCCAGGAAUGUAAUCCUUAUCUUCUCGGUCAAAGAAAGUGGACGCUUCUGUGGAUUCGCACGCCUGUCAGGGGAGUCAAGAAGAGACCUUCCCCCAGUGUCCUGGGUUCUGCCGCCAGGAUUGUCAGCUCGUGCUUUGGGGGGAAUAUUUGAGAUGGAUUGGAUAUCCAGGAAGGAUCUCUCCUUCACCAAAACUCAGCACCUCUAUAAUCCCUGGAAUGAAGGCAAACCAGUGAAGAUUGGAAGAGAUGGUCAGGAAAUUGAACCACGAGUAGCGGAGGAGCUUUGUCGACUCUUUCCCAAAGAUGACGGGGUUAAUCUCACACCAGUCUUGCACAAAAGCAAGCGAGCAGCACGCGUUGCUCGGGCCAGGGGGCCUCUCCGCCGGCCACUACAACCAGCAGGAGACCGCCGUGGCCGCCCCAGAGAACGUGGAAACUUCCGGGGCCGAGGGGACGUAAGCUUCAGGUGCGUCACUACCACCAAGGUUCAGUCACGGCUUGGAGAGUUACAUAUCAUAUUGAUGUUGCCAGUGAUGGCUCUCUGGGUAAUGAUAGCUUCAUCUCUCACCAGUGCACAACUAGUACUGUGGCCAUCACAUUACAUAACACCACACAUGUUGCAGUUUGAAACUGAUUUAGUAAUGAAACCCUAUAAUUCUAUCAUGCAACAGCACACAUGACCCAGUUUUAAAUAAGUGGAAAUCAGUAUUUAGACAGAUUCAAGACAAUUUUUUCAGUAUUCAUCACAAACAACAGUCAGUGCUGGUCUCGGGUUGAAGUUGUGUUGUGGAAGGAGAUGUAUGGUAGCAUUCUCUAUGGUGGCAACAGUGGCAACUAGCAGAUAAGACUCUCCAGUAUCCAAUACAGUAAAUGGACUGACAGUCAGUAAGUGCGUGGCAACGUGUCACGGAUUCUGCUAGUAUCAGGGUAAACACGUGAGACUGGCAUGGCCCCUCGUGGGUCAGCCCCACUCACUCCCUCAGUGUCUUGUUACCGCUCUGUCUCUCACCCCAGUGCUGAGGACCCCUAUCCUCUCACAGGACUCUGUCCCUUUCUCUCUCACACAACCUGGCUAGUGAGUGACACACCCACCACAAACAUAACCAGUGCAGUGCGUACCUCCACAUCAGUUAAUACCUAACUACCAUCAUCAAGAGCAGGCAUAGACUAGGUGUUUCCUUUUGAUAAUUAGAACUUCAGAUAGUAGAAGAGUAAAUAUAUGCUGGUAAAUAAGUUCUACCCAGUGGACUUGUCCGUCAGUAUAUCUUAAGAGACCAUUAUCCAAAUAGUAGUAUAAUGAACUUUCAGUGAAAGUAGUGAGUGGUUGGGUCAAGUCCAUAUACCAGCAGUAGGUGACACUCACUAGCAGGUUGGCACAGAGCCAGGCCCCACCAUGUGGACUCGGCUUAGCUGUAAGGUAUUGGUCAUAAACUUUUUUGUAAGGUAGUGUCUUGCAUGGACUCGCUCAAGCAUUCAGGACCAAGUGUGUUGGAGAUCCUAUAAGUUCACACAAGAGAUUAAUAGGUGACUGAAGCCCUGAGCUAAGUCAUUGAUCAAUGAGAGAGUAUUUGCCUGGCUAGUGAAAUAGUGUGGGGGAUAUUAGUGAGUGAGAAAUGAUCAGUGAAAGUGAGAAGUGAAGUAAAAGUGAAAUGGUGAAAUAUCAGUGCAUUGUGUUGCGCUCAAGACAGCAAGAGGGCAAGUCCCUGCCAUCUGUAUUGUCAACACAACACAUCAUCUUCGAACUUGGUGAGUAUGCCAAUAAUUAUUCAUACU